UCUCCCCCCUCAGUCGUGGUGCAAGCAGCCAUGUUGCCGUGAGCUUGUUCCGGUAUCAGGGCAGGAUCGUGCGCACAGACGGCAUUCGGGCACAGCUCCUCGCCUUCUUGCCUCUCCCGCCCCUGACACGCAUCUCCGAACAAGAAAAAUCAACUUCUCCAAUAAUGGAUUUUACAACUUGAUGAUUCCGUCUCCGGCUGGCUGGGAUAAGAGUCGGCGUACCGACUGGACGAGCUGGUAUAUAGCUACACUGCAGUGCAGCACUGGUGGACGACCUUAUUCCAAUCACGCAACAUAAGAAGGAACGCGCCAGCGGUUUCCGUGGAUUUGGAGUUUUUGCGGGUUGCUGUGUGGCAGUCGCCGCCGCUGCGGUCGCCGGGGAUCAGCUAACCAGUUAGCCUUGCCUUGUAAAAGGACCGCUAAAUUAGCUAGCUACAUGGGCUAAUGCCGUCAAACCAGUUAGCCAGCGCAACAAAUUAAUUUGGAGUGUCUAACCUACUAUGCUGCCACUUUCCAAAACAAAUAUCUUUAUUUUUCAAACCCAUUGCCUCGAGGAUUAACUUGGAAUAUUUAAAUCGUUUUUUCCGGACUUGGGAAGGUCGAGACGUGACCGGGAAUAACUUUGGCCUGAAAGUUUGUAGACACCGAACCUGGCUUCGAACCUAAAAGGAAACGUCUGUGGCACAGAAAGAGUCAGACUUACGGACGACGCAGUUUUAUCCUAAAAACAUAAAAUAUAUACAUAUAUAUUCCCCCAUAUAUAUAUGUAUAUUUAAAAAAAAUUGUGCCCCAGUCGGAUAGUUAGCUACCUUUAGGUUAGCGUGCUAGCCACCUAAUUGUACCUUCAACUCAACCGUUGCCCAACUUUUUUUUUCUUUUCAAGAUAGCAUAAGUGGCUAGCUGGUUCGACCGUCACAAGAAAAAGACGGCAACUCUAUAGUUCUGUCGGAUCAAUGCUUAACACAGUUUGACCGUUUUUUAAAAAGAUACCCGCUAAAGGAAAACCUUUUGAUUUUCUUGUUGUUUGUUCAGAAACAUGGGGCGAUCAGUCGCUACUAGCUAGUUCCUAGCUAGCCGGCUAACUCCUAGCCUCGGAUGAGGGACUGGACUUGUUGAUUCACGGGAUAUCUGUCAAUCCUCUGGCUGGAUAACACUGCACAUCUGUCGGACGUUUGCCUCUGUCAUCAGCUCCACGGGUGUUAGAUGAACAAGAGACACUGACCGAUCUUUAUUGCCUCGCUAUUUUUUCCCCCCAUCUUUUUUAGAACUCCCAAGUCUUGCAAACAUGUCAAGAGUUCCGCUGUUGCAAGUCAUCGAAAACUCGACUGGACAGGUGGCCGUAAAGAUCAUAGAUAAGACGCAGCUCAACUCUUCCAGUUUGCAAAAGCUCUUUCGGGAGGUGAGAAUCAUGAAAUUGUUGAAUCAUCCCAAUAUAGUCAAGCUUUUUGAGGUGAUAGAGACGGACAAGACUCUGUACCUGGUAAUGGAGUAUGCUAGUGGAGGAGAGGUCUUUGAUUACCUGGUGGCCCACGGAAGAAUGAAGGAAAAAGAAGCUCGUGCCAAAUUCAGACAGAUCGUGUCAGCUGUGCAGUAUUGCCACCAGAAGUGUAUAGUCCACCGAGACCUUAAGGCAGAGAACCUGCUGCUAGACGCGGACAUGAACAUCAAGAUCGCAGACUUUGGUUUCAGUAACGAGUUUACUCUGGGGAACAAGCUGGACACUUUCUGUGGCUCUCCACCGUACGCUGCCCCGGAGCUCUUCCAGGGCAAGAAGUACGACGGGCCCGAGGUGGACGUCUGGAGCCUGGGAGUGAUCCUCUACACGCUGGUCAGCGGCUCGCUGCCCUUUGAUGGACAAAACCUUAAGGAGCUGCGAGAGCGAGUGCUGCGCGGCAAAUACAGGAUUCCUUUCUACAUGUCCACCGACUGCGAGAACCUGCUAAAGAAAUUUCUGAUCCUGAACCCUUCCAAACGAGGCAGCCUGGAGCAGAUUAUGAGGGACCGAUGGAUGAAUGUGGGCUAUGAGGAGGAGGAACUCAAGCCCUACAUUGAACCUCAGCCAGAUUAUAAAGACCCCAGAAGGACAGACAUUAUGCUUACAAUGGGAUAUUCUCAAGAGGAGAUCAAAGACUCGCUUGUGAAUCAGAAGUACAACGAGGUGAUGGCCACGUACCUGCUUCUGGACUACAAGAACUCUGAGCUUGAAGAAGGUUGCAUCAAACCACGGCCAGGAAGUGAUGUAAGCACCAUCAACGCGUCCUCUCCGUCUCACAAGGUACAACGCAGCGUGUCUUCUAACCAGAAGCCUCAGAGCCGCAGACCCACUGAGCAGGGGUCCUCCUAUUCCAAGAGAGGAGGUCCUGGGGAUAGCCGACCUGCAGCAGAGGAUUCUGGGAAGAAAAGUUUAUCAGGCAGCUCCACGACCAAGGUGCCGGCCAGCCCUCUGGUCUCCUCAGACCGCAAGAAGAGCACCACGCCUUCCACUAAUAGCAUCCUUUCCACUGGUACCAGUCGCAGUCGGAACUCUCCGCUGACUGACAGAGCCACGCUCGGCCAGGGUAUCCAGAACGGCAAGGACAGCCUAAACACUCCGGGCUCCCGAGCCUCCACUGCCUCAGCUGCUGCCGUCCUCUCCUCCUCCUCCUCCUCGCGUCCCCGCCACUACAAGUCCUUGUCCUCCUCCAACCAUCCAUGCCCCUCUGACCUGCACGCACCACGGCCCAGUGGGGCGUCGCAGCGGGCGCCCGUCGCCUCCCCGUCUGCCCACAACAUCAGCAGCGCGGCCGUGUCGGACCGAACCAACUUCUCCAGAGGCGGGGUCCGCAGCACGUUCCACGCCGGCCAGCAGCGGGGCGCCCGGGACCAGCAGGGCUCCACCUACACCGGCGGCCCGGCCUCCCCGUCUCUGUCGCACGGUAACAGCCAGGCCCGCAGGACGCACGGCGCCACCGGGAUCUUCAGCAAGUUCACAUCCAAGUUUGUACGCAAAAAUCUCUCGUUCAGGUUUCCAAGAAGGAGUCCUUAUGAGGGAGAGGGUCGGGAUGAGGGGAGCAGGUCUGUGCUGACCAGUACUGUAAACAAGUCUGAGAAGACCUCCGCCGGCGGCUUCUCCUCCUCUUCCAACAACGAUGAGAACAACUCCUCGCCUGGAUCUGGAAACACAGGUGGUACAGGUACCCCUCCUGCCAACGCCAGCCAGAAGGACUCGGCGAAGCCGCGCUCGCUGCGCUUCACCUGGUCCAUGAAGACCACUUCGUCCAUGGAGCCCUCAGAGAUGAUGCGCGAGAUCCGCAAAGUGCUGGACUCCAACAACUGCGACUACGACGAGCGCGAGCGCUACAUGCUGCUGUGCACGUCCAGCGACCCGCACAACUUCGUGCAGUGGGAGAUGGAGGUGUGCAAGCUGCCGCGCCUCUCCCUCAACGGCGUGCGCUUCAAGCGCAUCUCGGGCUCCUCGAUUGCCUUCAAGAACAUCGCCUCAAAGAUCGCCAACGAGCUCAAACUGUGAGUGCGGCCGGCAGAGGAGAGCCGAGGGCGUGGAGAGCGAGAACGAGGGAACAAUAAAGGUGGAGGUCAGAAGGUCGACUAAAAUCAAAAUAAAACGACUCUGUUGGUGUUUAGUAGAGUUUGAAGGAGGACGAGGAAGCGUUUGUGCCCCGCACUCUGACACUCGGAGCUCUUCUGAAUCGUGAAGUACAGACCGAGGUCUUCUCUCUUCCCUUUCGGGGUUUUUUUCUGUCACCUUCUACUUAGACGUUCCACUCUGCUGCAUGCCCAACCCUUUCUGUUCUUCUUUUCAAGUCCCACUCUUAACCACUCCUGUCAUUUCCUCCUAUUUAUUCAGUUUCUCUGCACAGGUCUCUGGGAGGUGAACAUGGGGGUUUGAUGAAGUGAGCAGAUGAACUCUUGAGGGGGAAAAAAAGUGUCUUUGAAGCCUUAUUUUGCUGGUAUUUGUUAAGGAAUUCUGAUUCAAAACGGACUCCCGCUGAGCCAGGACACAUUUGGACGGAUAAAGCUCCCUCCUCAUCCUCCCCACUGCUUCCUCAGCACAAAUAAACCCAAUCUUCUCACCUCCUCACUCCUCUUUUUUUUAUUUCCUUUAAGUUGGCCGUCGAUCCUGCGCUCUUUUUUUUAUUCUUUUACCUUUAUUUUGUUUUAAGAGUUGUGCACUGGAACAAGAUAUUUGAACCCAUGGAGGGGAGGACACUUCAUGGACCAGAUUGUUGAAGAAUUUUAUGUUGCCUUUCUUUGAAGAAUUAAAAUUUGGAGUUUGUUUUUUCUUGUCAGCACAUGAAAUGAUUUAUUUGUACUGUUUUUUUUUUUUUUUGGCCUCCUGCCUUCAUAUCAACCCUCCCGCUGUACUCUUUUACACGUUCCCAAAGAGAAAACACAGAAAGGUGUUGUAACAGUGUGUGUGAGUGAAUAAUGUAAGAUCACUGGAGAAACUGACGACCAGGAUCUCUACUUUUGAUUUCAUAAUAUAUAUUUUUGCGGCUGGAGGUUUGUAUAGAAUCGGAUUUUCCGGUGGACGGUUUCAUUGCUGCCUUUUUUUUUUUUUUGGUGUAAUGCACCUUUAACGCAUUUAACUUCCACGCACAACCCUCCUCCCCUUCUUCCGAGUCGCAGGAUGGUCGGUGAUGAUUCCUCCAGCUCACUCGUCUAUUUUUUUUAUUUUAUUUUCCUGGAGGAAAAAGCCUUGUUUGGUCCAGAAACGCAACCGUUUCUCUCGGAAAGGUCCUGACGUCACGCUUUCUUUUCACGAUGACACCUUUUUCCUUUAAUUUUGGAAUCUGUCAGAAGUUGGAUCAUUGUAUUAAGGUGCUGGGUAUUGGAUUCGAUUUAUUAUUCUGGCUGUUGCUGUUAUAUUAUCUCUUUCAGGGUUGAUUUUAUUUGACAUUAUUUCGUUUUACAUUGCUGUAAUUUACAAUGAUUUUAAAUGUGUUGAGCAUACUGUAACUGUAGUGGUGGGUUUUUUGGGGGUUGGGAGGGGUGAUCAACUCCUUUAAAAAAAAAUGUAUUUGUUUCUUUUUUUUGUGCAAAAACAAAACGAUGAAAAAUUACGAUGAUAGUAAUAAAAACAAUGAUAUAAUGAUA